GCUCAAACGGGGCCCCAUUUGGUCCCACGUACUUACCGUACAAAAUUACAGCCGUUGCUGUUCAUGGUACUUUUUCCUAUUAGGUGCUUUACCUACGUUCCAUUCGUACUGGUAACCUUAUCACUUUGCACGCUGGCAUAGAUGUGUCUUAUCCCUAACCGGUAGCGGAGGCCUUAGGCCGGUGCAAAUGCCCCUUUUCAAACGGCUUUUCGGGCAAGGAAAGAGCAAGGGGUCUAGCGGUCUUGCCGCCCUAUGCAUAGGAGACUACAGCCGUGUAACAUUGCCCAUCUGGGGUUUGGAUGCUCGGCAGCUUGAAAGCCUCCUUGCUCACGAAGCGGCUGAGGAUGACGGCUCGCCCAGCAGUCCGUCGAACCAGCCUACCCCACAGGCAACGAAAUCUGGCACUCUUGGUGGGCAGUCAUCGUUUAAAGGUUUGCGACAUCUUUUCCAGCAUCUUGGGGGCGGAGCAUCCUCCAAAGAAGCCACUACCCAGGCUGACGUUGAAUCUCAGCGUCAGCUUACGCAAUUCAUAAAGCAGCUCGGAGAGUUGUCAGAGGUCUCUUUUGUGACGGCAGCAGAGGAUGGCCUCAUUUUCCGGGAAAAAGUCUUAUCAAAGCUCACAAAGCUCUUCAAACAGUCCACGGCGCCGGUGGUGAUCGUGUCGUACUGCGGACCUAGCGAUGAGCGCGGAAACUGGCGACUAGCCUCACAGUCUGCCUCCAGCAGCGGUCUGGGCAGGGACAGCACCCAAGCGGGUAACACCGGCGCAGCGGCUGCAGGCGUGAGCGGCAGCGGCAGCUGCCAUGCGCCCGGCAGCGUGGUCAGCUUCCGCGAGGUGUCCAUGCUGUGGCAGCGCUACCGCAAGCACAGCCAGCGGCUGGUGCUGCUGCUGGAUUGCCCCAACAGCGGCUACUGGGUGGCGGCGCUGCGGAUGCUCAGCAAGGCGGAGCAGCUGGAGCUGAGCCUGGGGGUGCAGGCCAGUGACAGCAGCCUACCCGCGGGGCAGGGUCGGCAGCUCGUCUACCAGCCAGGAAUCUUCACACAGCUCUUCUUCUUUAACAACAAAUGGCGCCGCGACCCCAGGCGUGCAGCUCCUCCUCUUGCAGCCCAGCAUCAGCAGCAGUCGACCCAGUCGCCCGGCACCUCGCAGCACUACCCGGGCGGCUCCGUGGGUGGCGGUGGCGGUGGCGGCAGCGUCAACAGCAGUGUGCGGGGCGGCCGCAUGGAGCAGUGGCUGCCCGGCAUGAUGCCCAGCUUCUACGCCACGUGGCUGAAUGAGAACCUGGUGGACUACCGCAUCGCGCUGCGCUUCUUCAACCUGCAGGCCCCCGCGUGUCCUCCCGGGGAGCUCUUUGGGCUGAACCGCUCCGUGCACAAUCGGUCCGUACGCGCGCCAGUAGCAAGUGCAUCUACAGCAGCGGCAGCAGCAACACCAGGGACAUCCACCCCGGACAGCCCUCCUGACGCCGUGCAAGUCUGGCGCGCCAGCACCAUGCUGAUCGCGACAGCCGGCAGUGCAAAGGGGCUGGGUCGGCGGUCGCGGCUAUGCGAGGCGGCGACGGCGCCGGCGCCCGCGGGUGACCCAUGGUUUACAACACGUCCCAGUGCGCCGUCGCCCGGGACCGCGGCGACAGGCCCAGUGGAGGUUGAUGAUGUCGAGGCGCUGAGACAUUCGGAUAAGCUGGCUUUGGAGGCUGCCAUGGCCCUCCGCGCGCCCUCCCUCCCGGACGCCGCCGGCCGGCGCUUCUCCUCCGUCGCCGACUACUACGCGCAUACGGACGCAGAUACCUUGCAAAGCAACACCGACGCAGCAAGCCGGCCCGUAGCCACAACCAAUGGAGCGUCUGCCCUCCCAGAACCCCCCGUAACCGCCCUCCAGGCGUCCUCGGCCUUUGCCAUGACGCACUCGCUGCACCGACGUCUGCAACUGGAGGCAGCGCAGAGGCCGUACAACAUGAGCUCGCCGCAGGAAGAGGCAUGGUCGUCAGGAGCCGUCUCGCAGGCCUUCCGCGCGCCGACCGUCCCAGACAUGGACGUGAUCAGCCGCGGGGUGACAUACGCAGGCGCGGACUCGCUGUCCCCUGCCAUGUCCGCGUCCGCCGCGCCCUUCCCCAUCUUCCGCCACGGCACUGGCAUCAUGAGCAGCCCGGCUGGGUGCACCAGCGGCACUGCCAACUACGUCCUAGCAGGCACCUCGCCUCCGUCUCAUAACAAUCAGCUGCCUCCGAGGUCACCAUCGUCAUCCCGACAGCUGCAGCCGCCUCCACCGCUGGAACAGCAACUAACGCAACACCACAUCUCUCUUCAGGAGCCACAAGAACAGCAAGAGCAGACCCAUGGGUCACAGGUGUUGUCACCGUCAUCAGCCUUCGGAGCCGCUGCCGUACGCCCCUGGACCGCUUCCGGUGACGGCGACGCUGCCGCGGCCGCGGCCGCCUGCACGGUCCGCUCGAACACCGGCGACCUGGCGAUCCAGACGAGCGCUCAGUCCGAUACGGCCGCCAUGCAGUGGGAUCGCCGGAUCAGCAGGGUGGAGGGAGGGCAUCUCCUUGUGGAGGACUGCAUGGGGGUGCAGGGCUCGUCCUUCUCUACGGGUCCCACUGCGCGACGCGGAUUCGCGAAUGAGCUGCUUGGGGCGUUGCAGGAGGUCGCCACGGAACGCCGGCUAAUGGCCCGACGCGCUCCGCUAGAGGGCGACGAACCGCUGGAGGUCAUGAUGCAGGACGCGGACAUUGAGCGCAACACCUCCAUCUCCAGCCUGCCCUCUGCCAUCCUGCCCCACAACAUGCUAGCCGGCACCUCCGCCUCACCUGGCCCGCCGCCGCAUUCAACCACUCUCCUAGCCGGCGGCGGCAGCAUCAGCGGUCGUGUCGCCGGCGGCUGCGCAGCUUCAUCCCCGUCGCUAGCAACCCCCCGUACCUCCGUCCUGGGCAUGCAACAGCAGCUUCCAGCUGACCUGCUGGCCGGUCGGCAAGCCGGUGUUACGGCGCCGCGCCAGAUGAGUCGGCUGUUCAUGAUGUCCGUGGUGGCGGCAGCAGCCGGCGAGGGAGGAGCUGCAGCAGCAACCGCUGGCGGCGCCGGCGGCAGCAUUGCGAGCCUUAUGGAGGCGCUAGAGUCCUCGCAGCAGUCCUUUGAGGGGGUUGCGGAGGGAGAGCUUUUGCUGGUCGGGGACUCCUUGCCGUCACACCCCCAGCUAGCACAGCAGCAGACACAGCAAUCGCAAGAGCAGCAGGACAAGACAACGGCGUUGCUGCAGCAGCUGCAGCGGCUGCAACAGCCGCAGGCCUUGCAUGGUUUCGCCAGUGCUGGCGGCAGAGCCGCCACUUCGCUUGGCGGCGGAGUCGAGGGCGGUGGCGGUUGCAGCGGCCUCAACCUUCUUGAGGAAGGCAGCAACGGCGGAGCUUCAUGUAGUGGUGACGAGGGGAGCAUUCUGUUACACAUGGCCGCGUCGCUGUUUGCGCAUCCUGGGAGUGCGGCUGCGGCUGCGGCUGCCGCUGCGAUGCAGUCCUCUCCCGGCUGGGUUCCGUCUUUGCACUCGCCAGCGUUGUCGCCCAUGCCAUCGUCUCGGGAACGUCAGCGGGCCCGUCGUGGCAGCGCCUCUAGCAUCAUGGCUAGCGGCGGGGGCGGCUUUGGGUCUUCAAGUUUGAUGCUGAAGAGCCUGCUUAAGCAACACGUUUCCAUCGCGGAUUCAAUGGAUCUGGACGCUGUUGCGGCGGCGGCUACGCCGACGUGGCAGCGGAGACCUGGCCGCAUGCAGAUGGCGGGCUCCGAAACCUCUUCAUUUGUGUUUGGCGACGAUCGGGAGCGUUUUGAGAUGCUCCGCUGCAUGCGUGACGCCGACGGCGCCGAGGGUUGCGGCGGCGAGUGUGAUGAGAGCGGCAGCGAGGCCGCUGGGGCUCGUCGAGGAGGCGCAGACAGCCAUCGUGACAGCGCUUUCUUGGACAGCGACAUGGCGAGCGAGUUGUUGUUGGCGGGGAGCUGCGGCGCACACGCGGGUGGGUCUGCGGGCUCCUCCUUGCUUGCUGCGCAUAGCGGCGGCGGUGGUUAUGCGUGCCAUGCACUAGCGGCGGCCUCGGAGACAGCAGACUCGACUUUGGCGGGUGUGGUGGUGCCGACUGAUGGUUCUGCCUUGCUGUUGACCAUGGGCAGCAACGCAGGGGUUGAGCGGUCAGACUUUGGAGCGAACCAGGGAGGUAAGGAAGCGGGCAGGGAGGAUGUGCAGGGAGGGUUUUUGCAGGUGAGGGGUUUCGAGGUGGAGGGUGAUGCAGGGGAGGGGGUGCCAGUGGCGAGCGAUGCCGUGAUCAGGGAAGGAGAUGUCCGUGUGACGCUUGCGUAAAUCAGAUGGCUCUUGUGAUGACCGUUGUGCAGUGUAAAAACGGCAGUAGCAGUGAGGUAGUUGGGCGUGGGAGAGGUGUUGCCUAGGGUGGCACUUUGGCGGCUUGACAACAGUACGCGACGCAAAAGCAGCCUUUACGUCACUUUGGUAUAUGGUGUGUGCACGUUACGGGCCAGUUUUGAACUGUAUUGGUUUUUAAGCACGUUGGUUGGACGCACAAGCUACCGCAAGCCGCCUGACCUAGGGCCUUGAAACAGGGUCCCAACCGCACUGCCAAAACCGCGCACCUUGUUGCCUCUUUCGUUAUGUUUGUUGCGUCCCUUAAGUCCCAUUGUAUGUUCCGAGAAUUAUUUAGCACAACUAGGGUUGUUUUCGCAGUCAGGGAGAGCCAUGUCGUGUGCUGUGGGGGUAUCAAAUGUGUUGAGCGCAUCAGAAACGUACUGCCUGAGGCAGCCAUCCUGGAAGAGGCGUCUGGUGUCCUAGUGGUAUCCCUGCUGUUGUCCAACAGUGUCCAGCAGUGUCCAGGUGCCCACCCUGUGUCCCGAGCGGAAAUCGUGUCCCAUAAGUGGCUCAUGCAUGCAUGACCGCGUAACCAAAGCGACUGCAGGCAGCUUUGUGCAAGCAUUGAGUUGCGUGCUGAAGUGCUUCGUUGGCGCUUGACAGCAUGUGUGUGUGUGCGUGUUGCAUUCACGUCUCUAGCGUAGGAAGCUGCCACGCGUGUGCGGCUGGGAUGGGCUUUGUGUUGAGUGUGUAAGGACUCGCUGGGGGUUCAUUGCGGCUAUGCUUUCGUUUGUUCUGUUCAUGCAAUGCUGGUAAGAAGUAUGGCGGGGUCUGGUCUCGGCAUAUUCAAUGGUUGGCUGAAUUGGUAGUCUGCAAGGAUAUGUCUAAGAAAUGAGCUCUCACGGUUGGCGGUGGCAUCUCAGCAAUGACGAGGACUGGACGUGACCCAUGGGUCCGUGUGAGCUGACCAUACAGAUAUCAUUGGAAGCACGUGCGCACUGGUAGCCGUUACCUACUUACGUCGCCUCCAGUCGUGAUACGUAAUGGUGUAAGCCGCUCCGCUCUAAUUGGCUUCUUUGUGUGUAGUCGUGUGUUCCAGGUGUUCUUUGGGCCUAAGCUGUGUUUGACGUGAUUACGGUAGGACAAAGUUGAAGAUACCUAUAUGUCAUCAACCCGUUUACAGUACACGCUAUAGACGGGUCAUAGCUGCACUUGCGCACGUACAUGCGGCAUCUUUGUCUGCAUGCGCAACAACGAGAGUCGGGUAGCUAGCGGUAUGCUAGAUACUGGUAAUAGUACGUGCCUGGUUUAUGGGGGCCCAGAACGGGCUUUUGUCUACAUCAUCAUACUGUGCAACAUGCGUCUUGUGCGGCAUGCUUCUCCUUGCAACUGGUGCAGUACUGUGUUUGCGACCAGGGAUAAGCGCUGUUUAUCUUCAUUUAUCUGGACGGAAGAUAUGUAAUCCCCGUCUUGUGGGCUGUGUCAUGCGCUAUGUAGAGGCGUGUAAUGCAACCUUCGCCAGCAACUUG